AUGCUCAGUCAGAAAGAAAAAGCGUGGACACACUCUCCCAGAAUGGACAGCUACUUCUGGAAGAUCUUUCAUGUGCUGCUCAUCUUUGGUUUGUGCCUUUUGCAAGAUGUUCAUAAUACAACUAUGAUUCCAUCAUGCAUCCCAGGAGAAUCAAAUGAUAACUGCACAGUUUUAGUCCAAAUUGAAAAUACUCCUCAAGUGGCCCAAGUGACAACUACAAAGUGUGGAGAGGACAUGCAGGGCUACUGUUUACAUGGACAAUGCAACUAUCUGGUGGACAUGAAGCAAAGUUUCUGUAGGUGUGAUGUGGGCUACACUGGUGUUCGAUGUGAGCAUUUUUUGCUAACUGUCCACAAGCCCUUGAGCAAAGAAUAUGUAGUACUUACUGUCAUCCUUGUUAUUCUGUUCCUGAUCAUCAUUGCUGGAUCCACAUAUUACUUCCUCAGGUGGUAUAAAAACAGAAAAAAUAAAGAAUCAAAUAAGGAAUAUGAAAGAGUGACUUUGAAUGAUGAAAAGAACUCAACACUGCUACAAGUCUGA